CUGCCGACACAUAAUUAUGGGCGCCACGGUGCAAUGCCGGUGUCAAAUGGACAUGCUAAUGACGGCACGAAGCCAGGCAUAGCCCUAUCGCGUCGUCCAUAUAUACGUGGAUUACGCCCCAGUAGCACUCAGAUAUGAAGCAGCGCUUAUCCCCCAUCGAAACCUGGACGUCGGAUCGAUAGCUAUUAAUUUGACUCAGGCACAAUGCUAGUUAACGAAAUCCUUCCGUUGCUCGUGCGGUACUGGCCUGUUGUUCUUAUCUCUGUUUCUCUUGCUUAUCUGCUUAACAACAAAUACUGGAAAGGCCUGAAUCGAUAUCCGGGGCAUUGGGCGGCUGGAUACAGCAACUGGUGGAGGUUAUGGGACGUAUCGAAGUGGAACCAUCAAUGGACUACAAUUGCGCUGCAUCGCGAACACGGAGAUGUGGUACGCUUAGGGCCGAAUGUUCUCUCCUUUUCGGAUCCGAGGGCGAUCAAGGCCAUCUAUGGAUUAAACAAGGGCGUGUAUAAGUCCGACUUCUACCCCGUACAAGGAGCAGUGUCAAAAGGCCGACCGCUCUUAUCACUAUUCUCCACCACCGACGAAGAUUUUCACGCCAAAUACCGGCGAUGCGUUAAUAAUGCUUUCGCUAUGACUUCUCUUGUCAAUUACGAACCUCUGGUCAAUUCUACGCUUAUCUAUUGGCUCGACAGGACCCAAGAGCUGUAUGGAAAUACGGGCAAGAGCUGCAAUUUCAGUCUAUGGCUGCAGUACUUCGCAUUCGAUGUCAUUGGCGAAUUGACAUGGAGUAAGCGAUUGGGAUUUGUGGAGGGAAACAAAGAUGUGGACAACAUCCUUGGAUUCUUGAACCAAUUUUUUGACUACGUGGCACCGGUCGGCCAAAUCCCUAUCCUCGAUCGCAUACUCUGGAAGAACCCAAUCAUCCUCUUUGCCCAACGCAUAGGCCUUGACAAGCGAAUCCACCCUGUGACUCUCUUCGCGCUGAACCGCUCCAACGAACGCGCCGGCCAAGUGGAAAAGAUUAAGCGGUUUGGCCUGUCCGACGACGAGAAAGCCAAUCCUCGCGGGAUCGACCUCCUCUCAAAGUUUGCUCAAGCGAGCCACGACCACCCAUUCAUGGACGAUGACCGUAUCCUCUCAACAUGUACUUCGAUGAUCUUCGCCGGCUCAGAGACCACAGCUAUCUCGCUCUCUUCGGUCUUCUACUUCAUGGUCAAACAUCCUUAUGUCUACUCGAAAUUGAUGCAAGAGAUCGACGAUGCGGUCGCCAACGGUACCAUCGAGUCACGCGCAGACAAGACCGUCUCCUGGCCCGAAGCUCAAAAACUACCCUACCUCGAUGCAGUAGUCCAAGAAUCCUUCCGUGUUCAUCCCGGACCUGGUUUCAUUCUCGAGCGUGUUGUCCCACCCCAAGGCAUGCAGAUUCUAGGAGACUUUAUCCCAGGCGGCACAAUUGUAGGUUGCAACGCCUGGGCCUUGCACCGUCGGCCUGAAGUCUUCGGAGCAGACGUCGACACGUUCCGCCCAGAGCGCUGGAUCGAAGCGAGUCCAGAGAAACUAAAGGAGAUGAAGGCUGCGAUGCUGCAGUUUGGCGCGGGCGCUCGAACCUGCAUUGGAAAGAAUAUUAGCUUGUUGGAGAUUUACAAGUUGGUGCCGAGUUUCCUGAGGCGGUUCGAAAUUGAACUUGAACAUCCUGGCGCUGAGUGGAAGACGCACAAUGCGUGGUUUGUGACACAGAAAGAGUUUAACACGCGGUUUAGACCGAGGGAGGUGUAGUAGUGAGGAGGCAGGUAAAAGAAUGUUGCUGUAUUUAUAUGCGAUGAGCAAUCAAAUUGGUUGUUAUACUGCAGAAACUGUUGACUACAUCUUCAAAAACAUGUCAGCAUCAAUAAUGGAGAUUGCCUUCUUCCGGCAGUGUUGUAAGAG